GGAUAAAUGUCGGAGCGAGAUGACGCACCAGAAAGCCUCACAGGCCGGGGCAGGCAACUUUCGCUGCAUCGCUGCUCCAUCUACACUCGAGUAUCUCGUACACAGACACCACAAUUCUCCGCGUUUCCUCUAAUGUCUGGAAGGAUCCUUUUCAAUUGAGAUCUCGCACAGGAUGAAUCGGCUCUUCGGAUCCAAAAACACGGCACCCAAGCCCACUUUGAACAGCGCUAUACAAAAUGUAGACACGAGAAUCGAUUCCAUCGAUGUCAAGCUCGCCAAAAUCAAUGCCGAACUCUCCACGUAUCAGCAGAAGCUGUCGAAAAUGCGCGAUGGGCCUGGGAAACAGGCAAUCAAACAGAAAGCCCUCAAAGUCCUACAGCGACGCAAAAUGUACGAAUCACAACGGGACCAGCUUCAGCAGCAGUCGUGGAACAUGGAACAGGCGGGAGUGAUGCAAGAUAACCUGAAGAAUGUCAUGACCACCGUGGAUGCGAUGAAGACCACGAACAAGGCACUGAAGCAACAGUACGGCAAGAUCAACAUCGACAAGAUAGAACAGAUGCAGGACGAAAUGGCGGAUCUGAUGGAGAUCGGCAAUGAGAUCAACGAGAGUAUCAGUCGCGCCUACGAUGUGCCUGAUGAGGUCGACGAGGCCGAGCUGGAUGCCGAGCUUGAGGCGCUGGGUGAGGAUAUGAUGUUUGAGCAAGAGAUGGGGAUUGGCGAGAGUACACCCGGCUUCCUGCAGGACGAAGUCGCUCCACCACAGUUCGUGGACGAGCCUCCGGAGCAUGCCAAGGUCAAGGAGGCCGCGGGCGGUGUUGGCUAAGAAUGGCUGUUGGGGAUGUGAGCUAUCGUUUUUCUCGUUACAACUGUCUGUCGACUCUGCAAAAUCUGUAAUGUCGCGUACAAGCGUGCGUCUCUUCGUUGUUUGAGGUCCACAAUGUCAAGUGUUCUUCUUCAAA